GUCAACAAAACACCAACACCCAUUUCCAAAUCACCCCCUUUUCAUCCUCUUCAAUAAUAAACAAUAAAAUAAAAAUAAUAAUAAGAUUUCAUCCCCCGCCCCCCCUAAUUUGUUGACAAUUAAAAAAAAAGAAAAAGAAGCAGCUAAUACAGAUAGAUACAUAUUUCGUAUCUAUAUAUAAUAAAAAUUGGAUAUAUUGUAUAUAUAUAUAUAUAGAGAGAGAGAGAGAGAGAGAUCGGUUAGUAGGAUCUUUUUGACAGCUAAAAUGGCGUCCCCGGUUACUGUUUCUGUGUUUUUCUUGAUAUUGAUUUUCUUGCCAAUUUCAUCAUUUGCAUCCUCAUCAUUUUCUUGCCCUAAAACGGUGUCGUUUCUCAAUGAGAUCAAGCUUCAAUGCCCCACCUCUGUUAUGUAUUCUUGGCCUAUACAGGUGAAUGAAGAGUCGCUUGAGAAGGUCUUGAGCUUCCAUCAGAUGAAUGGAUAUGUAGCCAUAUUGUUCUAUGCUUCUUGGUGUCCAUUCUCUAGAAACGUAAAACCUAAGUUUGAUGCCCUGAGCUCAAUGUAUCCACAUAUUAAGCAUGUAUUGGUUGAAGAAUCUUCUGUUCCACCUAUUGUUUUCUCGAGACAUGGCAUCCGUAGUGUUCCUUCUAUUUUGAUAUCAAAUAAGACAACUGGAAUACGACACCGUGGUUCAAAGGACCUAGUCUCACUUGUUCAGUUCUAUCAGAAAACUACAGGACUUGAGCCAGUAAUCAAUUUAACUGAAGAUCAAACCAUCUUUGGAGAUAUCAAAUCUGGAGUUUCUGAAUCAAACAACAAACCCCAACUGAAGAACUUAGUCUCAAAAGAACCCUAUCUCGCCUUUUCCCUGUUCUUCGUCUUCUUAAAGGCACUCUUAUACCUAUAUCCAAACAUGGUAUCUGACAUUAUCGCUCUUUGGCUUGCAUACAUCCCUCAUAUAAACAUUUCAAUCUUCGGAGAAUCAAGACCGCUGUUAGCUCGUGUUCGUCAGCUGGUUGAUGUUGAAAGAGUGUUCAACAAACUGAAGCUUAUAAAAAGCAGGCCCUUCCAAAAUGGAGCUAGAAGUGCCCGUGCAUGGACUUCAUCUUUGGCAUCGUUCUCAUUGAGCAGGACAUCAUCAUCAUAGAGCAUCAUGAGGAGGAAAGUUCUUGACUUUUGGUUCUGUAACAAAAGUCUGUAAUAUGCAUACAUUUGAAUAUGUUCUCUCCUUUCUUUUUGUUUACUGUGUUGUGGAGAGUCGAAAUGCUGUGUCAUUUUGGGAUUGUGGCUUAGUUUAAGGUAGGGGUGUUUGUAAAGUUGAGUUCCAAAUUUGAUUUGUUUUCUGUAUAUUAUGUAUCAAUGAGUUGUAGUUUAACCCCAAUUAGGUGUUGCUGUUAUCGCAAUCUGGUCUUUAAGAUACAUAUACAUGAAUAAAAUACCAAGUAUUUUUGGUA